AUGAAGAAGGCGCUGGCUACGUUACUAUUUCAGAUUUCUCGGGCAGAUUGGCAGCUACCUUUUGGAAAAGAAAUUCUAAAGGAGCUGAAAGAACUCGGCUUUGAAAGCCACAACAUCUCGCACUACGGAUGUUACUGUCGAUUCGGCGGGACCAAAUACGCUCCUGAAGGAGAAGCGCAGGACGAAUACGAUCGGGCUUGCUUUAAUUACAGUCAAUGUGUGAAAUGCUUGGAUCUGGACCAGUGCAAGAUUCACUAUCCAAGAAUACCAUUUCGAGUGGGGAAUGAAUUUUGCACAGAUGGAGACAGUUCUUGCGAAAAUAACCUCUGUAAGUGCCAGAAAAAAUUGAUUCAAGACAUCAUGGAUCUAUCUUGGUCACAAAUUCAUCUUCGGUCUUAUCUCUCCCGCGAUUUCAACCACAACGAGGAAUGCCUUCACUCCUCCAACUAUCAACGACUCCACCAAGACGAGUUUGAAUGCUGCGGCGAGUAUCCUGAUAGAUUCAUUUACGCUCCAGAAAGUGGCGCAAGAAAAUGCUGUGGAACAAGAACUUUUAACUCACAGUAUCAAGAAUGUUGUGAUGAUAAGACUAGAUUUUAUGUUAGAUCGUCGGUAAUGGAGCAACUAAUUGAACUUUUCCCGCAUAUACUUCCAGUAACGAGCGAUUACAAUUCGAACUUCGAAACUUCUGUCGUCGGCCAAGAGGAUAUGGAAAUGACGCAUGAUGCCGAUCUUGUGAAUGCGCCGCAACGAGAUAUUCAUCUUGUGGAAGAGCAAGCUGUGGAUCUACGUGCAGAUGGUUUGAAAGUUCGAAUAAUCAAGAAGCUUGGUUCAGGCGCUUACGGCUCCGUCUAUAAAGGCAUUCUCUACGGAGAACCGUUUGGAGAAACUAAAGUUGCGGUCGUCAUCAAAGUCGAGCAUUAUCUCUGCGAAUUGCCACAGAUCAACCUCGAACAACGUUUCUAUACGCAUCUCAAAGUAUAUUCGCAGAGAAAUGUGAAUCUCAAAGAAGGCAUCCCAAUCGUGUAUUAUUGUGGGCAAGAAGUAAAGCUGAAAUACACUUCGCCGAAGCUUCACGGUCACAACUCGACGAUGAUAGGGUUAUUCAACAUUAUCAUAAUGGAAGAGCUGGGAAAGGACCUCAAGGUCGUCCACAAACAGCUUUCUAUGGGAUUGCCUUUCGCCUGCUGGAUAGACUUGGCGGGACAAAUGUUCAAAAUUAUGCAGACAUUAGUCGAAAAAAAACUGAUUCACCGUGACAUCAAGCCAAGUAACUUUGUCCUCGGCCGUGCCCGAGCAACUGUCACUGCCCGUGGAUCAAGCAAAUUAUUCAUCGUCGACUUUGGCCUUUCAAAGAGAUGGGAACGCAUGAAACGAGAAUGGGGGUUGAACAUGGUUGGGACGAAGAAAUACAUGUCGGAGCAUGUUAUGGCUGGUGACAGGCCGCAUGUUAGAGAUGAUCUGAUUUCCUGCUGCUACGUUUUGCGAGAGAUGCUCGACGGGUGUCUUCCCUGGGACGAAAUGAUCCACGAACAAGACGAUAUGCGCAACUGGCACCAGACAUUGCAGCGUAUGAAACGAAACUUGAAUGGAAAUGCUCUCUUCGGGCAAGAGGACCCGGACGAUCCUCUUUUCUGCUUCGACACUCCUGAUGAUCCACAGGAAGGUCAACCAAACCAGCCUGACAUCACCAAGAUGUGCUGGAUUUUUGAUCAUAUCAAGGGCCUCCAGUGGGGCGAACUGCCCGAUUUUGGCUUCAUUUUCGAUCUUCUCAAUGAGAUGAAGAACGAGAACCAGUCCUUCCUCAAGGCUGACGAUCCUUGGAAGGAGAUUCUUCAAGUCAUUAACGAUUGA